AUGGUCAGACAGGCCUCUCACCGUGCCACCACUUGCUGUUUGUUCCAACAAGUAGAAUCGGAGCUCCUUCACAAACUCUGCCACACACAGUCUGGUCACUGCGCCGCUUAUUCCCUGCCACGGACUCACUGUAGGAAGAGUAUGGUCACUAUGCCCCUCUGUGCCCUCUCACCCCUUCAUUCCACCCUCUCUACCACUUUCUCAGUAAAGCGUGCAUUUUGCACGCACUGCCUAUGCAUAGAUGAUGCACUGUGA